ACCGUUGUCCUAUGAUUCUUGACUCGACCACACAAUACUUAAGUACCUACUAUGUAGGUAAGACUACGGGCUGUUACUCCAAAGAAAAUGACAGCUUAUCCAUUUCAUUGCUCCUUGAUGGAGUUCGUGGUUCUGGAUAAACCCUACCCUUGGUCUUGUAUUCACACAUGUUGUGUAUAGCCACUUCUACUCGGUAUUUUAUGUUCUAUGGGCACCCAUCUUCAGCUUGUAUCAUCUGAAAACCUCGCAAGGGCUCAUUGUUAGCAAUGUGUCAACCUUGUGGAAGGGGUCCGCCUCCGCCAUGAUUCCUUCGUUCUGACCCACGAAAUAGAAUGCGCAGCAUUUCGUGCACGCGACUUCGGUCGUAUCGUCUUAUCUAAGCUAGCCAGAGUACUAGCUGAAGGUCAGCUGGGAGGCUUCUUUGUCUGGUGAUCCUCCGGGGCCGUCAGGAUCCCUAUGACUCCUUUAUACAAAAGAAUGAACAAAGGUAGCGAGAAAUUCAACCCGUCAUCCCAUCGAUCCUAACUACGUGUUCGUCAUGUGUGCCAUUUCUGGAUUUUACACGCGCAACUUGGAUGCGGUCAUUUGGUCGCGCCCAGCGUGAACGCCAGUCGCCAUGAUUCCAUCUGCGAUUAAACAAGCCCUGGGCAGAAAUUUGAUGGCGAAGGACGACCUCAUCAAAUUAGCUAAUAGGCUUGGCCCAGUAUAUAACUGUGUCGCUCACUUUGAGGCGCUCGAGGAGAAACGAGGCUACGAUAACGGCAAGCAAUUCCCUACCAAUCUCUACAAGGGCGGCACCCAGAAACUCUUGCUUGACCAUUGGCUGUCUGACGGGCCUGAUAUCUACGUACUCGAUGGCGAUGGCUAUAACUUCGAUGCCGGGGUAGCUGGAUGUGAAUGGGCCGCCUUCCUACGUGUGCGGGAUCCAAGUGCUAUUGUCUUACGCGUAUAUCCUAAGGAUCGCACCGCGAAGGCAGAACAUAUUCUAUGCCAGCUCUUGAGCUCCCUUAUAUUCAAUCUCGCCGUUCUUGUCCCGGAGAAAGUUGACAAGGUUCCUGAUCUUUGCAAAACGAACUUCGAGUUGCUGGCACAGGGUGGUCCGCGGGGCAUCGAUGCAGGGCUCAGGAUCCUCGAGGCUCUCCCGCCACUUGACUUAAAUGGAGGCAGGAUGUUGUGCAUCGUGGACGGACUGAAUCGAGCUGAAGAAGGAAACACGAUUGAUAAAGUCAAGCAGUUGACAGCCGUUCUUGGACGAAUACUGGCGCGAAACAACGGGCGUCUGCUUUGCACUAUGGCGAAGAAAACGGUAUCUACAUAGUGACUUAACUCUUCCUUGAUAGAAGUAGAAGUUCAUUCAAUAUGAAAGCUGCGAU